AUGAUUGGUGUGCCUCGCUUUCAGCUUCGGCGGCUAAGCUUUCCUCGAAGCUAUAUCUACGCUGGUUCAAGACCGACUUUCAUCUUUGACGUUCAAACCAGGUGGACUGUACGGGAUCCAAAUACCCUGAGCAAUUACAAUAAUUGGGUGUCUACUCAUAUUACUGCAAAUUUUGACAUCCUUUUUGACCAGAGAAAGCUUGCUGGAAAUGUCAUCCAUCAGUUCCGUUCUACCACUCAUGGCGAGUCCAACCAUAUCAUCCUGGAUACCAACAAUCUUGAUAUUGGUGGUGUGAAAGUCAACGGACAGCCAUCCCAGUGGGAGUUUCUUCCUCGACUGGAACCAUACGGCACCCCUCUGAAGAUCACGCUCGAUCAAGGUGUGAAGCUCAACGAAACUAUUGAGGUCGACAUAUCUGUCAAAACCACUGAGAAGUGUACUGCUCUUCAAUGGCUGACACCUGCUCAAACAUCAAAUAAGAAGCACCCUUAUAUGUUCUCUCAGUGCCAGGCUAUACACGCCCGGUCCAUCUUUCCCUGUCAAGAUACGCCGGAUGUCAAGUGCACACUGGACUUCAACAUCACUUCACCUCUUCCGGUGAUUGCCAGCGGACUCCCCGUUCGGGACUCAUCUGAGGCUCCGGAGUCUGAUGGUAAGACUUUAUACAAGUUCCACCAGAAGGUCCCAAUUCCAAGUUAUCUUUUCGCGUUAGCUAGCGGUGAUAUCUCUGAAGCCCCGAUCGGACCCCGUAGCGUUGUCGCAACUAGUCCCGACAAGCUCAGCGAAUGUCAAUGGGAGCUCGAAGCAGAUACGGAGAAAUUCAUCAAUGCAAUCGAGAAAAUUGUUUACCCUUACGUUUGGGGAGAAUAUAAUGUAUUGAUCCUUCCCCCAGUUUUCCGUACGGGGGAAUGGAAAAUCCAAUCUUUACAUUUGCCACCCCCAGAUCGGGAAAAUAUCGACGUUAUUGCUCACGAGCUUGCGCAUAGCUGGAGCGGUAACCUUGUCACCAAUGCCUCGUGGGAGCAUUUCUGGUUGAAUGAAGGCUGGACUACUUACCUUGAGAGGCGGCCUUAUCGUCAUUUCUCCGCCAUCAUUGGAUGGAAGGCUCUCACAGACUCUGUAGAGCACUUCGGUCCUGAGCAUGACUUCACCAAACUUAUCACUAACCUGAAGGGCAUGGACCCGGAUGACGCUUUCUCAAGCAUUCCGUACGAGAAGGGAUUCAACUUUUUAUUCCACCUGGAGAAUCUGGUUGGAAAGAGCAAGUUCGAUCUAUUCAUCCCUCACUACUUCAAUAAAUACAAGGGCAAAUCACUUGACUCCUAUGAAUUCAAGAGCACAAUCUUGGAUUUUUUCAAGGAUGAUUCGGAAGCCUCGACAGCACUCAACGAGCUUGACUGGGACAGAUGGUUCUAUGCCCUGUGGCUAUCUUUGCCUAACUCUUCCUUCAAGCCUCAGUCAGAGGAUAUCCGAGGCUUGACUGCCAAUCAAGUCGUGGUUUUCUUGGAACAGAUUCUCGUGUCCGAGCGUCAGCUGACCCCUGAACUGUCUAAGCUGAUGGGUGAAAUUUAUGGACUUGCCGCGAGCCAGAAUAUCGAGGUGGCCAACCUGUAUUUCCAAGUCGGUCUGCAGGCAGGCGAUGCAAGUGUGCUUGAACCGACGGCAGAUCUACUUGGCAAGAUUGGUCGGAUGAAAUUCGUGCGACCCUUGUAUCGGAAAUUGGCAAAGUUUGACCGUAAGCGUGCCAUUGAGACAUUUGAGAAGCACAGGGAUUUCUACCAUCCUAUUUGCCGCGCCAUGGUUGAAAAGGACCUUUUCGGUAAGAAAGACGAAUAA